GCAGAAUCAUGGACUAGCGAAACGUUAUCAGAGCUUAUCGACGUGUUUUGUCCCAUUCCCUUCGAAUCUCAAAACCCUCAUGCAGAAUCUUCGGACCGGAACUUCGCCCGAUUACAGAGCCGAGACUUCAGAAGAAUUUAAGCGCGAGUCCAGCACCAGUAGAGAUGAUUAUCGUACCGUAUCUGCACAAACAGCACUAUGCAGACUUCUGUCCAUGCUUCUUUAUUGAAAGUUUGAAACGUACACUGGCUGCUGGCCACGCAACAGUUCAAAUUGAAGACAGAACCGUGGGCGGCUGCCACAAUCUUACCUUGAAUAAGCUCUUAUCUGUAAUGGAAUUAACGUCCCUCAGGCUGCACCGAAGAUCCAUUUUUGGAGAUUUGCAUUUCUGUUGCCAUUAUUGUGCUGAUUUGGAGCUGUUUUCGUUAUGAUAACUGAAACGUUGAGGGGAGAGUUCUGCACGAACUUUUUAUGGUUACUGUGGGGAUUCUCUUGCAUUGCCGUUGCAUGUAGCAAAUGGAAACAUGAGUUCCCAAAAGAGAAACCAUUCAGAGAACAUGGGAUCAACCCCCACUCCGGAUUAUAUAAUGUCUCUUGAAAACAGUUUCUCACCAAAACCAGCUGACUUCCAGAAAUCCAAAAAGCGGAAAUCAUCAAGUUUACCGUUAAACCGAGAUUCGAAGGCCGUUGCGUGUCAUGCAACUGAGUCGCCUGCGCCCGCAGUUGCAGCUCAGCCUCUUGCCGCGCCGUCCCUGGUAAUUCCACAGACCGUUGGGCAGUUUGCCGAAAAGUCCGGGAAGGAGCCGUGCGCGGAACCCACCAGUUCGCCCAUUGAUCAUUUUCUCCUGGAGAAGAAAUUUUUAUCGCCUACUGAAAUCGAGACGCAGCCACUGGAUUUAUCUGCAAAGAAAAAAAGACAUAAACCCAGAGCGUCAGGGGAUUAUUCGUGCAUUUGCAAAGAUGAGGAGAAAAACAAGGACAGAUUUAUGAUUGAAUGCAGCGGUUGCGAAAAGUGGUUUCAUGGAGAAUGUGUAAAUGUUUCAGCAAUGCAAGCGGAUUCCUUCCUGAAUUACUAUUGUCGCGAAUGCGCUAAACAGCAUGGAGAGCCAACGAAGAAGCCAAGGACAAACAUGCACCGCCAUAAUGCAUACGAAAAAAGUGCUACCGGUAAACCUACACAGUCUGGGACACCUAGGUUUAUGGAGGAGUUACAAAAAAGGCAGUUUUCACCUAUUGAAACUGUUUUGGAUGUAAAAAGAGGAUUUGAAAUUGAUGUGCAGUAUCUGGAAGAAAAUGGUUUUGAACGACCGAUUUUGAUUCGCGAGAAAGGCGGAUUGGAGAUUGUGAUCCCCGGUUCUGAGUUUUAUUAUAAAGAUGUUGUUCAAAUCCUAGGUGGAUCCCGAGAAGUUAUAGCCAUCGAUGUCCAAACGCAAGAGGAUGGAAUCAAACUAACGUUAGAUGAAUUUCUCAAGUAUAUGCAAACUCCGCCGCCUAGGAAUCCUGUCCUUAAUAUCAUUAGCCUGGAGUUUAGUAAUACUGAACUUGCCGCAAAGGUGAUACCACCUCUGGUGGUGCGUGAGCUGAGCUGGGCGGAUCAACAUUUUCCAGAAUUAAAUGAUGUGCCACCGGAAAGUCCGUAUGCCAAGCCCGAAGUGCAGAAAUACUGUCUGAUGUCCGCUCAAGACAGCUAUACGGAUUUUCAUAUUGACUUUGGUGGAACGUCCGUGUGGUAUCACAUUUUUAAAGGGAAAAAGAUAUUUUAUUUAAUUGCGCCGACGGAUUCCAACUUGGAAAAAUAUGAAGAGUGGAUGAAAUCCGAUAAGCAGUCAGAAAGGUUUUUGGGCGCCGAAUGCCACUGCUAUAAAUUGGAGUUAAAUCAAGGCGAAACCAUCCUCAUGCCUAGUGGCUGGAUCCAUGCUGUUUAUACUCCGGAAGAUAGCCUUGUUUUUGGAGGAAAUUUUCUCCACCAUCUUGGCGUUGAAAUGCAGCUAAAGAUUAACAAAAUGGAAGAUCGCCUUAAAACUCCGUUACGUUAUCGAUUUCCGCAUUUCUAUACAGCGUGCUGGUACGCGCUGAAUGACAUGACCGAUCGUUUAGCGGAUUUCGUCGAAGAGCAUAAAAAGCCUCGCAAGAUUCCAAAAUUCUUGACUGCGGGAUGUAAAUGUUUAUAUACGGAGUUUUUGGAUUGGAUGGGAGAUGACGAGGGAGCAAAAACUAAACGGCACGAGGUACCAGAGACCAUUGAUCCUUUUGAGACCAUGAAACGGCUGAAGCGAUUUUUGAAGAAACUCGCUAUGUUGUAGAUAGCCUUUUGAUUAAGCGUGGACCAGUUGGAUGCAUUUAUCUACCUGUGCAGCGCAGCAUAUGUUGUAUAGAUACGUAGCGCGGAGCUCAUUCUGAUCUGCCUCUUUAGAAUUCGUUGUUCGUCUGUCCGUGAAGAUGUUGUUGUCGUGUAAUUAUUUUGUUUUGUAUGGGUUUUACUUGUAAUUAAUUAUUUAGGUUUUGUUGAAUCUAACAGUAUUGCACUUGAUUUCGGACAAAUUUGAUGGGAACACUGCCGGUAUCGUGGGUGUCUUUGUUGAUUAUGAUUUUAAUUUAAUGAAUAUUUGCGAAUGGGCCAAUUUUCUUUUAACUUUUUGUUAUCGUCUUUUUAGUUUUCUUUGUGUGGUGUUAGUAUUUUGUAGUUUUACCCGGGUGGUAUGAAGUGUGUAUGACAUUGUCGCCGUUUCGGCACAUUUGGAAAGGUGGACUGGUGUCUUGUGUUGUUGUUGACGUUGGUGAGAAUAAACAUUCCCUG